ACUCUAGUCUAGUCUAUAGUCUAUAACUAACUCUAUGUAUUUUUCAAAAUCAAAACAUUUUGUUUUUUGUAAACUAAGAAAACUAAUAAAUAUUUUAAGCCAUGUCUACUAAACAUAAAAACAUUUUCACCAAAAGUAAGCCUUUAAUGAAUAUCUACAGUGGAGUGGAUCAAGAGGGCAAAGAGGUGGAAGUACGUGAAGAUGCAGAACAGCUUGUAAAGUGGCAUGAAAUAUCUGAUGCGCUGGUCGCAGCUGGAUAUUAUAGAGCUCAACUACAGGGCUUGUCAGCUUUUGAUAAAAUUGUUGGUGGAUUGACAUGGUGUAUUGAAUUGUGUGAUAUUGAUGUAGAUAUUAGCCUUUUGUUUGAGGAGAACCUCACUAUAGGCAAAAAAAUAGCUUUAACAGAGAAGAUAGUAAAAAUACUGCCCAGUAUGAAAUGCCCCUAUAUUAUUGAGCCACAUCAAAUACAAGGUCUAGACUUUAUCAACAUCUUCCCACUAAUUCAAUGGCUCAUAAAAUACUCAAGUGAGUUCAGAGAGGCCAAGGAGGAUGAGUUACGAAAGUUUGCAGUGAUGCAGUAUGAGAAAGAUCAUAUAUUUGAAUCUGAUCGCGCUGUCUACCUUCAGAAUGAAAAGCUAUUAAGAAAUCUAGUUGUUGUACAGAAUCUGUACAAACCAUGUAGAGUGAGGAAGAGGAAAGGAGCAUUCCCUACAAACGAGUUGGAGCAGGUGAAUGCAGUGUUGUCUGAGUACGACCAGAGGAUGCUCAUGCAUGUGUCCAACCACAAAGAUGAAAGUAAACAGGAUGACGGACUUGAUUUCUUGUAUGACUAUGAAAAAAGCUUAGCUGAUCCUUCAGAUAUGACAACAGAGACAGAUAGAUAUUCUGAAGACAAAGAAAAUAAAGAUACAGCCAAUACAAAAAUCCAUUACGCAGUUCUACAUUCUGAGUUGACUGGGGAUGUACCUAAAGAAUUAGAAGAGAAAGAAAAAAUUAAAUAUUCCGAUGACAUUGAGAGACUAACAAAAGUUAUAGGAGACAUGGAAGCUGAAGUAGAUGUCGUUAGAAAAGACCAUGAGGCUAGAAUGGACCAAGCGAAAUCUCAAUACAUGGAUCUUAUAAGUAAUCUACAAAAAAUUACUAAAAAAAUAAUGAAAUCAGAUGAUUAUAGUGAUAAAAAUGUAAAAGACAUUUACAAGUCAUUAAAAGAAUUGGCAAGAGAAAAGAAUGAACUGUUGAAAUUAAUUGAACAAAGAGAAAUGGAACACAAGAAAUUAGAAGAGCUUUCGAGAACUGCCAAAGAACCAGACACAGUAGUAGAAGAACAACCACUGACACCAGAAGAACUGAAAGAGUUCCAGGAUAGAGAGAAGAAGUUGAAGGACUACAUCAGCAGUGUGCGCGCAGAGUUGGGGCACCUGAACCGGCAGGUGCUGAGAUGCACGGUGGCUAUAGAUGAGGUGCCGGGCACAGCUGAGCUGCUGCAGUAUGAAAAGAGAUUUGUAGAACUUUACAAUCAAGUUGCAUCAAAACACAAGGAAACCAAACAAUAUUACAUUUUUUAUAAUACGCUUUACGAAGUUAAACUUUACACUUCCAAAGAAUUAAGUCUGCUGAAUUCUAUUCUGGAUAAUUAUGAUGACGUUAUGUCAUCAGUUAGAAAAAGGGAAGAAUUCAUGACCCAAUUCGAAUCUAUAGUGGAGUGGGUGAAUCAGACGGUCAAGAAAGUGGAACAGAAAUAUAUACAAGAGAAGGAACGGAAAGCAGCGUUACACGCAGAGUACUCCAGACUCAUGGAUGUACAGAGACAGUAUGCGGCUGCUUUGAAGAAGUUGGCUGAGGAGAGACAUAGGUUUGGUCGGGACGAACCUUAAUAUUAUAUCGGAAAGGUAAAUUGGUUGAUUAAAGAUUUAGGGCCGGAUUCACCACCUGUUAUGUGUCUGAUAGCUUAUUCAUUUGUCUUUGUCGUUUGAUAUAAAUUAUGAAAGAGAUGAACUUUCAGUUAGACUAUCUGACACACACAAAAGGGAAUGCCCAUUGCCUAACCACCCGGCUAUUUACUUUACUUUUUUUAAAAAAAUCUUAUCAAUCUUAAGGGUAAGCAAAAGUAUAUAAAUUAGUAAAAUUUAAUCCAUAAUCUCACUCUUAAUUCCUUGAUUAGACGUGCACCGAAAAGCAUUAUUUUAAUCGAGCAGUUUUGUUUCUUUUGUGAGAAAUAUUUACCCUUCAUAAAUUGGGUCCUCCAACUAAUUUUGUUACAGGGCCCCUCCAAGGCACGCUAACUGCUUGCACGCUAACGCUCACGCUGACUGUCUUGAUGAUUCUACUUUAAUAAUAAAAUCAUUACUUUAUCAAAAAAAGUUUGCUACAACGUUUUACGACAUUUAAAAUUUAUCUUUAAUAUCCAACGGGGACAACCCAAGAUCGUUCUUGGCCUUGUUGUUCAUACAGCCUGAGUUUUAGAACAUUUUUUGAAGAUUUAUGAUUGGUUUAUUUGUUUGUUAAGCUUGUUGGUAACAGAAAAAAAUAACACAAAUAAAAUAAUACAGCUUCAAAUGCAACUUCGCCGCUUUGGUAACCGGUGAACUUUAUGAACAAGAAGAGUGAUAAAAAAAUUGUUUUCAUCAAGAAACAUACUUUUAUUAUACUAAUUAUUAUUUAACCAGAUCCUUAUUUAUACAUCACUAGCGGACGCCCGCGACUUCGUUCGCGUGAAACUCGAUGUAAACUUUCAACUACCUCUACCUUACCCCUACCCUACGUUGAAAUUUUUCCUAAAUUUUCUUUGCUAUGAACCUCACGGAGCCCGAGACCUUUCCAACGAAUGCAAAACCGUGGAAAUCGGUUCGUGCGUUCUGGAGUUUUGGAGCGUCAGGAAGGAAAGCCCGACUUAUUUUUAUAUAGUAGAAGAUAAUAUUAUCAUCUCCAUAUGCUUUUAUACGGGGGUAUACCUGGGUUCCCGGAGACGACGUUGUUGGUCGGUGGGCAUUCUCCUUUAGAAGCUAUUGUUAGCAGAUUAAUAGACUAACGGACACGGAGUAGCUAAGACCGCAAAUCCGUCCAAGCCCUUGAAUGCAAAGUCACCUGGUGUUCAAAUUAAUUUAUCUUAUGUAUCAAAGGCUACUCGUAACUGUAACUCGUGGGUAGCACCAAAUAAUUAGCAUUUUGGAUAAAUUUCUCUUAAAUUAAGCAAGAAUUUUUAAAUAUUUAACCUUAUAAUUUUUUACUUGGUCGCUAGUUGGCAAUAUUCGUAUGUCUUUAAAUAUAAAGGAGAUGUUCCGUUCACACCGUUCCACCGUAGGAUGUACACUUACCAUCAGAUCGUGGUCAAGCGCGAGCCUAUUCAAUAUUCCGUUAUGUACCAUACGAGUAUAUACCGUUUUAAUUUAAAAAAACAUAAAGAUCUACUGCGCUCGAGUUAAUCCUAAAAUCUCAUCUUGGUUUUCCCUAUUGUUAUAUGUUUAUGGGAAACUGAGUCUGCAUUAGGGAACUAUUUGUUCUUAGUAAUGCAACGUUUUAUAUUUCUAGUGAAUAAAUGUUUUAGGAUCGGCAUUUAGCAAUAAAUUUAAAUUUUAAAUUCAUAUUAUUGUAGAUAUUUAUUAGAAAGCCUAAUUUAUACAUAUUGUUGUGUUAUAUUGCCUUUAACAGCUUACAAGUAAACGCAAAAAUAUAAGUUGCAUUGAACUUGAUUAGUAAUUAUUAAGUUUACUGAAACUCCAUUCCUUAUUAUAUGUUAAGACUGAUAAACAUUUUUGUAUUUAUGCAUUUUUGUAUGAGAAUUAUAAAAUAAAAUGUACCAUAGA